GCAGAGUAGAAAGAAGCCCUGAGAGCGGGGCUGUAGGCGGGAGAGCGCGGCCUGAGCAAGGGCGAAAGAGAAAGCGCGGGCUCCUGAAUGCGCUGCCGGCUUCUGCCGAGCAGGGACCAGAGCGCGCUAAGCGGGACGCAAGGCAGCCGGCACCUCGCCACAUGGAGCGGUGGGGCUACAACAGGCUCCCCAGUUUCCUCAGUCUCUGAGGCGGGAGAAGGGAGCUAUUGCUGCUGCUGUUGUUGCUGCCGCCACCGGCCAACCGGAAAACGCUCCGCAUGCGCCGCUCAGCGAGGAGAGCGGGGGUGCAGAAGGGCACCAAAUUCAAACCGUGGAAGACGAGAGGAAAGAAGGCAGCCGCCCGAAGGGGAGAGUUCGAGAAACAGAGGGGAAAGCAAGGAGGCGGCGGCGGUGGGAGGAGAGCAAAAGUGGUAUCUGAGGCUGCUGGGCAAGGGGUCUCUAUCAAUGCCAAUGACACCUUCAACUACUGGAACUGGCCUAAUGCUGUCAUCUUUGCUGCCACUGUGAUUACAACCAUUGGUUAUGGAAAUGUUGCUCCGAAGACUUCAGCUGGGCGGCUUUUCUGUAUAUUUUAUGGACUCUUUGGUGUUCCUCUCUGCUUAACAUGGAUCAGUGCUUUGGGGAAAUUUUUUGGUGGACGUGCCAAGAGGCUGGGCCAGUUCCUAACAAAGAGAGGAGUGAGCCUGAGAAAGGCACAGAUUACAUGCACAGCUAUUUUCAUCAUCUGGGGAGUCUUGAUCCACCUAGUCCUUCCUCCCUUUGUUUUUAUGGUGACUGAAGGCUGGGAUUAUAUUGAAGGUCUCUACUUCUCCUUCAUCACCAUUACCACCAUAGGAUUUGGAGACUUUGUUGCUGGUGUGAAUCCAAAUACGAAUUACCAUUCCCUAUACAGAUACUUUGUAGAGCUGUGGAUCUACCUGGGCCUAGCUUGGCUUUCCCUCUUUGUCAAUUGGAAAGUCAGCAUGUUUGUAGAGGUUCACAAAGCAAUCAAGAAACGAAGGAAAAAAAGAAAGGAAUCCUUUGAAAAUCCUCCUCCUACCAAAAAAACCCUUCAAAUGUCUAACACAAAAGAUGUUAACAUUUUCAGUUUCCUUUCCAAGAAGGAAGAGACCUACAAUGAUCUCAUCAAGCAGAUUGGGAAGAAGGCUCUGAAAACAAGCAAAGACAAAAUCCUAAACCCAGAGCAAGCCAAGCCAGCUGUACAACAUUCCAGCAAAGACCUCAAAGUGAUGUACACAAGGAACAAAUUGUUUGACUACGACGAGGUUUCUCUGGGACUCCAAAACUAUCAUGUUAUGAGGCAUCUAACUGACAAGCGUGGUGGGGAUAGCCCACUUGAGGGCAAUGUGUUUGUUAAUCAGCUGGACCGGAUCAGCGAGGAAGAAGGGGAAGCAUGGGACUCCAGGGAUUAUCGACCCCUGAUCUUUGAAAAUGCCAACAUAACAUUUGUAAAUGAGGAUGAGGACGAAGAGGAGGAUAUCUCAGACGAUGAAGAAACUUCAAAGUCCUCUAUGGAUGACAAUCUUGCAGAGGAACCUGAAAGUCCACAAAAACUAGUGAAAUUUCCAUCCUCUAAUGAAUCUACUUUUACCAGUAAAGAGUUGGAGAUAUCUGUGCCUUAUGAGCAGCUAAUGAAUGACUACAAUACAGUGAAUACUGCAAAUGCUGCAACGUGAAGCUGUCAGGGGGGUGCCACUGGUUUCCUGAAGAUAAUUUAAUGCAGAAUUUGAACAAAUUAGUAUUUGGACAGAUAAGCAUAAGUGAGGAGGAAGGUGCAUCACACCUGGCAUUUCCCACUGCCGCUGCUGCCUUCCAUUAGCAAGCUGAAAGCAUUCAAUGUCUGGAUGUUAUCUAUAGAUGUGCUUUACUCAGUUUUGCUUACUCACUGUGAAGUGAUGGUUCUAAAAACUUGAGGGAUCCAUUGGGGAGUGGAUAGGUUUUGAAAGGCAGGAGGAAAUGCCUAGAGUUAUCAGGUUUUUCAGCAUUUGUGUCCCCCCCUUUUCCCCCCUUGAAAAGAGAAGUUCUAAGACUGCAGUCAUGCUAGUUUUUGUUGAUUGCAUGACAUGUCUGGUUACUGCACUAACUCUUCGCCUCUGAAAAAUGUAAGGUGCAGAGUGGAAAAUGUUGGUUUUUAUCAGUCACACAAUGAAGCGCGCUCUCUCUCUCCACCAUUCUCCUUUUAAGGGAUGCUUUGGACUGGAAGAGUUGAGUAGCCUGAAGGUUAGAGUUGAGACACAUUAGGAGACUGAGUAGGGAACUUUAAUAGGGUCUCCUCAAGUUGUGCCACACUAACUUUUAAAACAUGGAACCCAUUUUAUGAAGGCAGUUUACCUUCUGUUAUACAAAGAGCUACCUGUGAUUAAACUCUGUUUAAACUCAUGCAAAGGACAUAUGACUAGCAUUUAAAGUUCAGUAACACAGAAUGGUGCCAGAAGAUGUGUGGAAGAUGGAUUUAUACAUGAAGAAAAUAUAGUGAAAGACUUGUGUUUUGCACUGGAAGUGCCCUUCCAGAUUCUAGAGGAAAUACUUGAAUAAGCUUCAUGUGCUAAUGUCUCUAAAACAUGUUUAGUGAUGAUGCCGUUUUGAACGACAAUGUAUUUUGAAACAGCAAAACACAGCCUGAAUGACUUAAGGUAGUAUCAAAUGUUAGUCCUACAUAGAGUAGACCUAUUGCAAUCAAUGGGACCAAAGUUAGCCAUAACCUAAGUCCUAUUCAUUUCAGUAGGUCUAACAAUGUAGGACUAACACUGGAAACUAGCCUAUAUGUCCAUCUAAAGGAGUUAAGAGCUACUUGUUCCUGGUUAUAUUCAGUGGUUCUACUUCUAAAAACUCUUAUUAUUCUCCACUCCACUCGUUUAUAAUAUACAGUAUUUAUUAUGGGCACAAAUACUUUCAUACAUUUCUGCCAUAGGUAUUUCAACUGGUUUUUCUAUGUAAAAUUAAAAUGUUAACUUGUUUUUACUGGACUCCCAUGUAUAAAAGAGGGAAGGAGUAUGAAAACACUUAUAGAAGCAGCAGAAUUCUGCUAUCAUGGCGAGAGGCUUCAGCCAAUACAUGGUUUUGCAUUGGCAAAUAAAUAAUUCACUCAUUGCUCAGUGUUCCUUAUGAAAGGCUUAGAAUUGCCUAUGCCUUGUAAGUUAUUGGAACAAGUAUAGUAAUGCUGAACCGAAUCUGAAAGAGUUCUAGUAAAACUGUUUGAGAAUCCGGUUGUAAGUUACUUCAGUGUAACUCUACAAAUUUCUGUUGUACUUCACGUGGUUUAAGUUUGAAAUAGAAGAAUUCAUGUGUGGUGAAAGCAUAGGGGUGGGGUAGGGUAUGGAUUCUAAAUCUUGACAUCGUAAGAAAGGCCAAGUGGAAUUUUGCAAUACUAAUCUUGAAUGAUUAGGUAUACUCACAGCUGGUCAUAUUGACUACUGCUUGGCUUCUGAAUUGAGGGGGUGGAGGCGUACUUUUCCCUGUAUAAAGAUGCUUCUAAUCGACCAUACACUCCAGUUUGAAACUCUUCUUGGAAGGACAGCUUGAUGGUAUUUGCUGCAAAAGAUGGUCUCUGUUUAUUUGUGUUUGGAAAUUUGUACUGUGUAUGUGCAUAAAGUUUGUAACAACAAAAAAAACCAAUUAAGAGGGAAUUGAAAACAGUUCUAUUUUUAUUUUUAUUACAUUUUUGUAGAUUGGAAGUUAUUUCAUUGGAUUUGCUAGUGUUAGCCUGAGUUUGUUAUAAUGAUUUUAGCCAUGGCUUGAAAUCUAGCCCAGAAGGCUGCUGUUGCUGCUCUUGAA